UGCUCCAUGGAUAUAAUAUUAUAGUCUGUCUAAUCUGUGUCUCAGGCAAUAGCCUGUGUCUAGUUGCACAUUUUGUAGUAAAAGAAAGUGAUUACAAAAUUUUGGUUAUUUCAUAAUUUUGCCAGCACCCAUACCUUAUUAAAAAUGUCGGAUUGGGAUACUGUAACGAUUCUCCGAAAAAAACCUCCAAAGGCGUCAGCAUUAAAAACUGAGCAAGCUGUUAAUGCUGCACGUCGUCAAGGUUUACCAGUAGAAACUCAACAGAAAUUCGGUGCGGGAACUAAUAAACAACAUGUUACAACAAAAAAUACUGCAAAACUUGACAGAGAGACUGAGGAACUUCGACAUGAAAAAAUACCGCUUGACUUAGGAAAACUUAUAAUGCAAGGCAGACAAGCUAAAGGCAUGAGUCAAAAAGACCUAGCUACAAAAAUAUGUGAAAAACCUCAAAUCGUUAACGAUUAUGAAGCCGGUCGUGGUAUUCCUAACAACAUUGUCUUAGGUAAGAUCGAAAGAGCAAUUGGAAUAAAACUACGUGGAAAAGAUCGUGGCCAACCGCUACAGCCUCCUGGAGGACAGAAAUAACGGAUUCCCUGGGAGGCGAAGACUUAACUCCGAUUUCUUUAUUGCAUAAUAUUUCUCAUAUUUUUGCUGUUAAAAGUUAUUUUAUUACAGUAAAAUUCUUAAAGUCACGUUAUAUGAUGUAAGCAUUUUAUUUAUUUGUAUUGAUUCUGGAAAGUUCUCAUGAUGUUACCAUUGGGAAAAAGUAAUAUGCAGCGAUCGUGAAAUGUGGAUGUGAUAUGCAAUAAAAUAGUUUUAUUUAUGAUUAA